CCGGGGAGUGGCCGUACCUCACCCUGUCUCGCGCCCCCCGGGGCAGCGGCGCUGGGCUCAGACCCGCCCGACAAGGGACUAGAGACCUGCGUGUUUGAAACCCCGGGGCUGCUGCAGGUUUGGCGCCAGGCUCGGCUCGGGACUCCCUGGUGCUCACCCGCGUUCCAGCUAGUGCUGAGCAGGCAGCUGAACUUUUAACUUGGGUUACCCGGAAACCUGCAAUGGCCUUGUCUGCGCGGGGAUGAAGGUGGGAAGUAUUCAGCGCAGAGGGGAACAAAAUGGCAGAAAUAAUACUGGGGAAAGGCGGAAGACAUAUUGACCAUGUGAUAUGUUGCACAUUUAAUUCUCACACCAGACCGCGCUUAGACUCCCCCCACAUUUCUGUAGCAAAAAGAUCUCGAAAGAAGCCACUUCCUAGUUAGUCACAUAAUGGCCUUUAAACAUCUACCACAAAAAGACUGGUAUAGAAUUCUGGGUGCAGAACCAUCAGAGAACCUGACUGAACUGAAACAGAAAUAUCAGAAGCUGGUAUUAUUAUAUCAUCCAGACAAACAGAGUGCAGAUGUGCCAGCAGGAGAAGUGGAGGAGCGGGUGCAGAGGUUCAUCGAAAUUGAUCAAGCGUGGAAAAUUCUAGGGAACGAAGAGACAAAAAAAGAGUAUGACCUACAGCGCCAUGAAGACGAUCUAAUGCAAACAUGGCCAGUGGAUGCUCAAAUUUAUCUUGAAGACAUGUCCUGGAAUAAGGGUGAAGAAUGUUAUACAAGCUUAUGCCGGUGUGGUGGGAAGUAUACUGUCUCCAGAAAUGAAGCUGAAGAGGUUUCCUUGGUUUGCUGUGAUACAUGUUCAUUAAUUAUAGAGAUCCUUCGAUGAAAUAACAGUUGUUCCACUUGCACGUGUUGGUUUCAUUCAGCUGAAUAGUCAGUGGACAGAAUCUGUUAGUAAAUGUUUCAGAGAAAAGGUGCGCUAGCACAGUCAGGACUGAAAAGGAGGGCUUAAAUCUAUUUUCAGGUUUUAACCAGAAGACCUUAAACAAAAGAGCUGUAAGUGGUUCAGUUAAUCAAAUUAAACACAUUUCUGUACUUAAUAGAAUUUGAACUGUCCUGUGAAAAUGGUGCUUGUUCUGUUUGUUUUCACAGAUUUGAAAACUGUCCUUUUCCUGCCCUAAAAAUGAGUGCUUUCAUCAUUUUUUAAUUAAUUUAUUUACAUUUCAUUUGCAGAAGUAGCACGGAGCUUUCUCGUCUAGAUGCCACUCCUUUCUCCCUAAGAUUAUAGCAGUUGUAGCUGGGGGACUACCUUCAGAGUAGCUAAAUCUCACAUUACCAUCAAAGAUGACAAAAAUUACCUUAUAAACACUGAACACGAGAAGUAUUUUUCUGAAAACAAAACUGUUACUGGAAUUGGAAGAGAAUGGAGAUCAGCCUAAUAUGUUAAAAGGAGGGAAGGUAAAAUUCCUAGGAAGCAGCUGUUUAAAAAAUGGUCAAAGCUUUUUGAGCAAUCUUACAUUAUGCAUAUGCAACUGAAUUGAGGGGCUUAUGUGCACAAAGUUGUUACCUCUUUCCUACGUAUCAUGUUAGUUGACUCUAGUAGAUAAGAUCAGGACCAUGUAAUAGUUCAGUGACCUCUCCCACAUAUUAAGGAAUGCAUUUCUGCAAAUGUGCUGUUUAAAGUGUUGCUAAUAUAUAGAGUGGUUCUGCCACCUCAAGAAUUUGCAUGGUGACUUGUGUCCAAGAAACAGCUUUGCAAUCAUAGCUUUGUUUAAGUCAUUUGGACUUUUAAUUUAACUACAUUUGUAAUAUUUUAUGAAUGGAAACUUGAGCGUAGGUCCACAAAAGGGUUUAGGCACCAAGUCAAAAAUUUAGAUCCUCAAAGCCCUUGCUCAGCUGCUGCCUAACCCGGCAUGUGGCUAAAAUCUCUAGGUACCGAAGUUGCCAGUGGUGAAAUCUCCCAUGUGCCUACAUUUCUGUGAGUGGACAAGUACAAAGCCACCUAAGUUCUGACACUGCUGAGCUGCUCAGGCUCUGAUUUGGUAGGUGUUCUUAGAGUCUGCCUAAGAGCAUGCCUACUGGAUAGGACCCCACAUAAAACAGGGUGGGUAUAGCAGUCUCCCAGUACCUGAACACUCAUCUGGGAUCUGAGAGAUCUGGGUUUAGGUGCCCACUGUGCUUGAUCUGGAGCAAGGACUUGAACCCAGGUCUAUCCCAUCCUAGAUGAGCAUCCCAAUCACCAGGUUAUAGGGUAUUGUGAAUGAGUCUCUCCUGUUGACGCUGUUCUACUUAAAUAGACUGGAACCUGGGUCUCAAAGAUGAAUAUCCUAACCACUGAGCUACAGAGUCACUCUCUCUGGCCCAAUUAGUAAUGGCCAUCAUCACUACCUAAUUUUUUUUAUGAGAAAAGGCUGACCUAGCAUAAACUCUCACUUAUGGCUGUGAAUCCCUAGUGAAGAUGGGUGCCCAGCUACCCUUGAUGAGCAGGACAACUCAUGCUGUAUAUGUUCUGUGGAAUGUUACUGAAAAAUGGCUGCAUGGGGUGUCUGGUACAUUUAGCUGUGCGAGGGUCAAUGGCUGUAUUAGACUGAUUUUCAAUAGAAUCGGCGUAUAACAGGGAUGUGUUCUCUCACCUGCAUUAUUGUUUAAUGUUCUAAUAGACUGAUUGAGGACAAUAUAGGAGGUGUGAAACUUGAGAUCCUCAGAAAAUGAAUCUAAGUGUAUAGGUGAUAUUACCUUACCUGGUAUUGACCAACUACAGCUAAUGCUGGAAGAAGUGCAAACAACUGCAGAAUCUAUGGGACUUCAGUUUAAUGGUUAUAAACCAGAGCCAUACUGCCUCCUGUAAAAUGGAAACAAAGGAACGACCGGUGCUGCAAGUUGAUGUCAGUGACACUGAAUAGGUGAAUAGUUUUAUCCAUUUGGGUAGUCAUUUGACAACGGGAAGUGCUGUAUCCAAAGAAGUCAUAUGUUAGAUUGGUUUUGCAUUAAUUGCGUUUCACCAUCUUCAGAGCCCUCUAUUUGGGCAGCAAGAUGUGUGUUACAAUUAAGAGUUCAAUGCAGUAGUGAUGAUAACUCUGUUGUAUGGAGGAGAAACAUGCCAUUAAAGACAACUGAGAAGAGAAUACUAGACAGUUUUUAGUGUCAGAAGUUACAGCAUAUUCUUAAAAUCCCUUAGUUUGACUUUUGCCACAAACUAGAUGAUCCUGGCAAGUUGUGAAAGUUAGCAGCGAUGGUGGGGUCAAGUCCAAUGUGGAAAAAGGAGGUACACUUUUACAGAAGGUUAAUAGAGCUGAGGUUGAAGAAAGCAGAGUAUGAAGCCAACCAUGAAUGAAGUUGGAAGAUACUAUUUUGAGGGAUUUAAGAAGCCUAAAUCUUCCCAUCCUGACUCUUGCUGAAGGAAUAAAACUUGCAAGGGACCAUUCAAGCUGGAAGUCCAUUCUGUGUGCCACCAAAGCUACAUCAGAGCCAUGUGAAUCUGCUGCUGCUUCUGACCCACCACUCUCCUUAGUAUUUUGUUCUGCUUAGCUUGGGUAGCCACCUGACUCAGCUUGCUGCUUUCUGUUAAUACCAUUCUUAGGUGCUUAGCUCUCCCCAUGCAUUGUAUAGGGAGACUGGGUACCUAAAAUUAGGCAUUGUGAUGCUGAGACAAAAUCCCCUGUAAGGGUAUAGCCCUUAUACUAUAAGACACUUUCUUGUGUGUAAAGGGACUCACCAUGAAUGGUUAAAGAAAACUGAAU